GGGAGUCAUUCCAUGACACGCGUUGCACGCGACCUCUUCCUCUUCUUUUGCCGUCCUUUUGCGGCAUUGUUUCCACCGUGACAAUUGCUACUUUACUUUUAAUUUGAUUCAGUGAACCAUAGAAAAUAACUCAAUUUUUUUUUUGUGUUUCUCUUUCUUUUCUCUUUCUCUCUCUCCCCUUCUCUCUCUCUCUCUCUUUCGGUUUUUCUUUCUUUCUAAGGUCAUCUUUUAAUUUUCCGCGUUUUUCAUCACACGAAUGCGUUACAUAUCUAUUUUGUCAAUAGUUUGCUUUUGUAUUUGAGGUGCUUUGUACUCUUUUAUCAGAAAAAUUGAUUGAUAGUAACAUAGUGCAUAGUAACAUAGUGAAGAAAAAAGACUAUAAGGAGAAAACGAUUUGUGAAAUGAGAACACCUUUUGUAAAUUUUCAUUCUCCGACAAAAGUGAACAUUUUGAGAAGAAACAUUUGAAAUACAUCAUGCAGUUAUAAUUCUUAUGAGAUAAAAAAUUAUAAUAAAUACUUAACAUAUGAAACAUGCAAGAAGCGAGAAGAUAUUGAAGAGAACAUUGGCAUACCGAACAGAACAAAUUCAGAAUGUCUUCUUCAACAAUCAUUAUGGGAGUAUCGUGGCUCACGAUGAUCUUGUCGAUAUGUUUGAUGACAAUAGUUGUAUUGUUAUUAGUGCGACGAGGAAAAUUUUUAUACGCUUUGAGAAAAGUGCCUUAUCCUCCUGCUUUUCCCAUCAUUGGAAACGCGUACGAAUUAUGUUGCAGUCCGGAAGAAGCCUUCAAAAAAAUAAUCAAAUGGGGAAGAGAAUUAGGGGACAUGUACCUGAUCUGGGUAGGGAUGCGACCUUUUAUCUUUCUCUAUAAAGCAGAAGCAAUACAACCAUUGUUGAGCAGUAGUGUUCACAUUGACAAAAGUUUGGAGUACCAAUAUUUACAGCCUUGGCUUGGUUCCGGUUUGGUAACUAGUACCGGGGAAAAAUGGCACUUUCACCGGAAAUUGCUAACGCCAACUUUUCACAGUGGUCUUUUGGAAUUGUAUUUAAAGACGACAAUUAAAGAGGCUCAAAUAUUAAUUUCAUGCCUCAGAAACGAAAUUGGCAAACCAGAAUUCGAUAUUGUUCCUUAUGCUAAACGAGCGACAUUGGACAUAAUAUGCGAUAGUUCCAUGGGAUAUAAUAUUAACGCGCAAAAAAAUUUUAAAAACGAAUAUGUGCAAGCUGUGAACACAUUAGCUUCUAUUUCGCAAAGAAGAUUUCUAAACGUGUGGAUGUCCUUCGAUCCAAUUUUUAAGUUAACAUCGUGGGGGAAACAACAUGAUCAUGCACUUAGUGUUACUCAUAGAUUUGUCAAUAAAAUAAUCGCGGAAAGAAAAGCCGAGUGGAAAGAUAGAAAAGAUACAAAUUUUAAUGAAAAAUCUCAUAAACGUCAAGCUUUAUUGGACUUAUUAUUAGAAUUAUCAAAAGAUGGUAAAGUUCUCACCGAUGAUGAUAUUCGCGAUGAAGUGAACACAUUCAUGUUCGCUGGACACGAUACUACUGCGACUAGCGUAUCAUGGAUUUUGUAUGCAUUGGGAAGACAUCCUCAAUAUCAAGAAUUAAUCAUUGAAGAAUAUUAUGAAACAGUAGGGACGAAAGAAUUAACUUUAGAUAUAUUAAGUAAAUUAACAUGGCUAGAAGCGUGCAUAAAAGAAUCAUGGAGACUUUAUCCAGUAACACCACUCAUCGCAAGACAAAUCUAUCAUCCUAUUACUAUCUUGGGACAUGAAAUUCCAAUAGGAUCGACGGUUCUCGUUAAUUCAUUCCUUCUUCACCGAGAUUCUCGAUAUUUUCCAGAACCAGAUAUUUAUCGACCAGAACGAUUUCUUCCUAAUGGACCAAAAUAUCCUUCUUACGCUUUUGUUCCUUUUAGUGCUGGUUCCCGUAAUUGUAUCGGAUGGAAAUACGCUACAAUGAUCGUUAAAGUUCUUAUUUUGUAUAUAUUGAAAAACUUCCAUGUUGAAUCUUUAGAUACUGAAGAUCAACUUCGUUUUGUUUCUGAAUUAGUAUUACACAAUGCUGAUGGGCUUAGAUUAAAAAUUACACCACGAAAAUAAGCAUUUUUUGCUUGAUUUUAUUGUAACAAUUUAAAAUCAAAUGAAAUAAUGAAAAUCAAAGAUAUCUUUUUUGAUAAUAAAAAAAAGUUAAUUUUUUUUUUUGCACAUUCAAAUCGGAUAUUUUUUUUUUGAAUUAAUCAUAA